UAACUCUACAUCCAGUCAGAGAGAGAACUCACUGAACACAGAGAGCUAAUUUUGGAGCCAAGCGGCAUUCAAACAGCCACCUGCUCGUGUCUCUCACCGAGCUGCUCAGUCUCUGGCGCUGAAGAGACAGUGGACGCAGACAGCAGGAGCAGCGUUGGGGUCUGCUGGAGGAGCACUCUGUGCCUGGGGAGAAUGUCAGGGAGCAACCAGCGACGGGAUCCAGUGCUCAUUAAAGAGCUAGAGCUCAUCUUGGAUUCCUGCACACAGGAGCUCACAGCAGUGGAUGAAGUCUGGCCCAACCUGUACAUAGGAAAUGUGGCCGUUGCACAGAAUAGAAAGACAUUACAUAAACUUGGAAUCACUCAUGUCCUGAACGCAGCACACUCCAAGCAGGGCAGCAUCGGCGACCAGAGAUUUUACGGGAACACGUGCGUUUACUUUGGCAUCCCAGCAGAGGAUUCAGAAUCUUUUGACCUCAGUCAGCACUUCAAACCUGCAGCUGACUUCAUUCAUAAAGCUCUGAAGAGCAAAGACGGGAAAGUGCUGGUGCACUGCAUCAUGGGCAUCAGUCGAUCAGCCACUUUGGUCCUGGCCUACUUGAUGCUCCGGCAGCGUCUGUCUCUGAGAGAUGCGCUGCGGCGUGUCGUCCAAAAACGAGCCAUUUACCCCAACCAGAAUUUUCUGUCUCUCCUCCUCAAGCUGGAUGAUCAGCUGACACUCAGACGGAGAUUCUGUCCUCUUCUCUGACCUCCAUCUCUCUCUCUCUCUUUUCCACCUCCUCCACUCUCCUUCAUCACAUCACCUCUCCUCUCUUUUUCCAGGUGUUACACUCCACUCUGAUGACUAUGAGGCAAUAUCUGUAAAUAAUGAUUUGCUAUCAGAAUGUGUAUGUAUAGUUAAAGAUAUGAGUUUGUUAGUGGUGAUUUCAAUUCCAUAUUUUUAUUCUACAUGCUUUGUAAGGCAGCCAUGUGUUGUGAAAUAUUGUAAAUAUCUAAGUACAUUGUGUGUGUGCCCAUUAAAGACAUUUAAUGAUA